AUGGAAGUACCUACGCUAGCCAUUCCGGGAGAAUCUUCCAGUUCUCAACAGUACACGCCCGAGCAGCUCCAGCAGCUCAAAGAUGCUCAACAGCAGCAGUACUUACAGCAACAACAGCAGGUCCAAAGUUUUGGCCAACUUCAACGUAAGAAGGCACCAGAAGGGUCCGCUGAAUGGUAUUUUGACCAAGGUUUUGAAUGGAUGGGAAAUCACCCAGUUAUCACGGGGUUUGGAGCAUUAGGAUUAGCAUAUUUUGCAGCUGGAUUUGUAAAGUCAAAGCAACCAGGAUUGAACGGUAAAGCGUUUAUCAAAGGUGGGUUUGGCCAGAAGAUGACUGCUAGAGAAGCGUUGCAGAUUUUAAACUUAAAAGAAACGAAUUUGUCAGUUGCCAAGUUGAAGGAGCAGCACAGAAAAUUGAUGAUGGCUAACCAUCCGGACAAGGGAGGAUCCAGUUUUGUGGCCACCAAGGUGAACGAGGCCAAGGAUUUCUUGGAGAAGAGAGGAGGAAUGAAGAAGAAAUAG